GGUAUGGUUGAAAACUCGCAGUCCAUCGCGCUGAGCAGAAGAGGAGCAGCACAACUAAAUGUGACUUAUCUGAGCAUCAUCACGUCUGCACCUCCGGGAGACAAAGACGAGAGAAACUCUGAAGGAGAACACAGCGCGAUCAGAGCCUCCCGGAGUUACAUUAUAUCAUUGUACAUGUCUGCAACAUCUUUCGCGACGUGUCGACUGUUUGCUUGCCUCUAAUGUUUCCAACCAACUGAGACGAGGGGGAUUUAUUCCUUCUUUUGUUCUUUGCUUUCCAUUGACUCUUAAAUAAAAAAGCAGCCACAAACGAAUAAAUACGGGUCACUAUGAUUUUGUUAACAUUGCAUAAUAGAAGAGGGUUGAAUUGCUUGUGCGCGCAGUUCUUGCUGUGGAUUUUAUGUGCGGUGGACGGAGAGGAACAGCAUUUCAGUGUGGAGGCUUGGCUGCAGAGGUAUGGCUACCUCCCUCCCACAGACCCCAGAAUGUCCGUCCUGAGGUCCACUCAGACCAUGCAGUCCGCUAUUGCUGCCAUGCAGCGUCUCUACGGCCUUAACGUUACUGGUGCACUGGAUAAAAACACCAUUGAUGAUAACACCUUAAGCUGGAUGAAGAAGCCACGGUGUGGGGUGCCAGACCAGUUCGGAGUUGCCUCAAAAUUUAGCGUCCGAAAAAGACGUUACGCCCUCACGGGGCAGAAAUGGCAACAUAAACAUAUCACAUACAGCAUAAAAAACGUCACACCUAAGGUGGGCGCGGAGGAGACGCACAAUGCCAUUCGCCGUGCGUUUGAUGUGUGGCAGAACGUCACGCCGCUGCGAUUCGAGGCAGUGCCCUAUAGCGACCUGGAGCGCAACAAGAAAGAUGUGGACAUUACUAUCAUUUUCGCCUCAGGUUUCCAUGGCGACAGCUCUCCCUUCGAUGGAGAAGGGGGUUUCCUUGCACAUGCCUACUUUCCUGGUCCGGGAAUCGGAGGAGACACACACUUUGAUUCAGAUGAGCCCUGGACUCUAGGGAACCCGAACCAUGAUGGAAACGACCUCUUCCUAGUGGCGGUACAUGAGCUGGGUCAUGCGUUAGGCCUGGAGCACUCCAACGACCCCACGGCCAUCAUGGCCCCUUUCUAUCAGUACAUGGACACAGAGAACUUCAGACUACCACAUGACGACUUGCAGGGCAUCCAGAAGAUUUACGGACCUCCAGAUAAACUUCAUCAGCCUACGAGACCUCUUCCGACAGUACCACCAGCCCGCUCGAACCCACCAGUAGAUCCACGCAAAAACGACAGGCAGACGCGGCCUCCACGAAUACCGACUGGCGACAAGCCACUGCACCCUAACGUUAAGCCAGACAUCUGUGAUGGAGGCUUCAAUACUCUAGCCAUCCUCAGGAGGGAGAUGUUUGUGUUUAAGGACCAUUGGUUUUGGAGGGUCAGAGAUAACGCUGUGAUGCCAGGUUACCCCAUGCUCAUCAAUGUCUUUUGGAGGGGUUUACCACCCAAAAUUGAUGCCGUCUAUGAGAACAGCGAGGGCAGAUUUGUUUUCUUCAAAGGGAAGCAGUUCUGGGUUUUCAAGGACACAAUGCUACAGCCUGGCUACCCCCAGGAUAUCUCAAUGUUUGGAAAUGGCAUGCCAGCGCAGAGCAUAGAGACGGCCGUCUGGUGGGAGGACGUGGCCAAGACCUACUUCUUCAAAGGAGAUAGGUAUUGGAGAUAUAAUGAGGACAUGAGAACGAUGGAUCCUGGCUAUCCCAAGUCCAUCACAGUGUGGAAGGGAGUUCCAGAUUCUCCACAGGGAGCAUUUGUGGAUAAAGCCAAUGGUUUUACGUACUUCUACAAGGGUAAAGAGUACUGGAAAUUCAACAACCACAGGCUACGGGUUGAGCCUGGCUACCCUCGCUCCAUCCUGAAGGACUUCAUGGGAUGUGACCUCAUGCCCAUCGAUCCUGACCGCCAACCGACGGAAGACGUAGACAUUGUGAUCAAACUUGACAAUGAAGCCAGCACGGUCAAAGCCAUCGCAAUCGUCAUUCCCUGCAUCCUGGCACUCUGCUUGCUGGUGUUGAUCUACACCGUCUUUCAGUUCAAGAGGAAGGGUACACCUCGACACAUACUGUACUGCAAACGCUCCAUGCAGGAAUGGGUGUGAGCCAGAGCCAACCAGGUUUGCAUCCCCCACCAUAGCCACAAGAUACGGUGGUGUAAGCACCCUAAACUUGCGGACUUUGGCUCUUGACCUGCGUCUCGCUUAAGGAGAACAGUGAGGGGCUUUGCUUUGAUUCCCCCUUCCAGGAGGUGAUGGGUUUAUUCCCACAAAUCUCCCCACUCUUCGCCCAUUGGCCCAGUUGAACCUGUUGUAGUACUCGCAGGAGGCUUGCAGAUUGUACUUGGUGCAUUGCGACAUCCAGUGCCACUUCAGGUCUUCAUUGUUCAACGUGGAAAUUGAUGAUUGCUAUAACUACAGGUUUUACGAAUGCACCCUCAAAAAGGAAAAAAAAAUAAAAUAAAAUUGUUGCAGGAGCCUAGUUCAAGGUUUACCACCUUUUAGUAUUUUUGCUUGGCUCCUAUAAUUUAUUUUCAAACAGAAAUAUUUAAAAUUCCCUUUAAAUCACUCCCAAACCAAAUAAAGACUCCAAAGAGGAUCUUAUUAUCUUUUUAUGAUCAUCAUUUUUUCAAAUCUAUUUCUUUUCUAUACAUUUUUUUUUUUUUCUCCCUGCAUGAAAUAUUUUGCAGUGAUAUGCAGUGGGGAAGUCUUGACUGUUGUGGCAGUCUGUCUCAAAAGCAGGGGCCAAAAUAUUCUGCAAUAUUUUUAACAGCCUUAAUUAUAGAUUGUGUUUGCUUUUGUUUUUUUGCCAUUCUUAUUUUAUUCUAUUUUAAAUUUUGAGUACUCCUUCAUUUUGUCUGUCUGAAAGGCAGUGCAAUAUUGCUUUGCUCCCUUUGUUUUGAGAUCAGAGACCAUGGUUAACCUCAUUUCGCCAGGGGCCGCCCCAACCACAACAGCAAGAGCAGGACUCCUUCACCUUGGCCUAACAUGAUGCAUAUCAAUCAAAACAGAGGGAAGACCAAGCAACUGCAAUGACAACUAUUUCUGCCAGUAGAAUUGCAACUGCAACGGAAAUGAUUGAAUCGUUAUCAUGCUGAACGCUCACACGUUUGGUUGUGUUUACACGGACAGAGAUUUGAAAGUUUGUUUCUUCCCUUUCUGAAAGGUUGCUGUUUGAGUCAGAGCAUGUCCUCUCCUUCAGACUGCCUUGUUUAAUGGUCUAGAUCCUAGAACCUUGACAUAUGCUCAACAGGAACCAGAACCCAGUACCACAAGAGCAACUCAGGACAGUGCUUGAUUCAAAGUGUAUGCAAGCCUUCCUCAUCCAGUCCUGUCUUUAUUAUCAAUCAAGAAGAAAAUCAAGGAUAUAUCAUAUAAUGUCUCGCCAUUGCUUGCAAUUGGAAGUGUCUGCAACAGGAUUGGACAGUUUUUUUAUUUUUAUUUUUUUUAUUUUUUUUUUAUUUUUUUUAAACAGAGUCAGAACACUUUGGUUCAUGCCUUGCAGACUCUAGAUCAGUCCUUUGCAUUGGAAGGACCUUUGAACAUACAGUUAUUUGCUUAAAUUAACGUUUCUUUGUGUGUUUUCUCUUUUUUUUUUUUUUUUUUUUUUUUUUUUUUGUACAGUACAAUUAAACAAAUUAAAUAGUCUCAACCUCAAGAUUAAAGUGGUACUUAAAAGCGCUGAGCUGUCAUCCAACAAGUUUCCUUUAUACCUGACAAAAGCAGAAAGAUGAGAAAAUGUAUGCCAAUACACUCCAGUCUAAAGAAAACAAUGUGAUUCUGGCAAGCAGUGUUUGAAUGUGUGUCUGUAUUGAUGGUAUUUUUUUUUAUUUUAUUUUUUUUAUUUUUUUUAUUGAAAAAAAAGAAAAAAUGGGACAUCUUCAAAUUCAUGUACUUCAUGACUUGGUUUGGGACAAAUUGUUCUGACAGACUUAAUAAAUUAAUCAGUAUAUGAUUAAAAUGCCUUUUACUGCUUUGUUAACAUUUUACAUAAAAGAUUAAUGUAAGCCUGGGUAAAUGUAGACAUUCUUCCCUCUCUACUCUUACAAAAAAUUACCAUGGUAUUACCAUUGCUUUUUGGACAUGUACUAUGGCAAUACCAUGGUUUUCUUGUACGAACCUUGGAGUACUUUGUAAAUACCAUGGUACAUAUCAAAUUACUAUGGUAAUACCACCUGAUACCAUCAAUGUACAAUGGUACCACCACAGUACUUUUUGUUUUAAAGGGUCUUUAGGCUUCGACAUCCUUUCUAUUUCCUCUCUAUCUUACUUCUAAUAUUUGUCGUUGUGUGUGUGUUGGUGAGUAUGCAUAUAUGCAUGAGUGGUGCUUAAAAUAUCAGAGAGUAUCAGCCUAUCAAACAAAAGUCAACUAUGAAUAUUUAAAAGGAAACUGCUAUAUAAUACUGAGUAGGAUCAAACCUGGAUAGAGCUGAAUAUUUUAAAGUUGGUAUUUAUCCUGUGGUUAUAUUUACCUAGUAUGAUAAGAAUCAUAGCAUAAAAUAUGAGACUGCGGUGGGCAGAGGCACUUAGAAUGUGCCAAGGUAAACAGAAACUGACCAGGCCGUGUGGAUUCUGAUUGGCUCUUGAAAUGCUGGCAUGGCGGAUGAGGUCAGCCCGGGCAUCCAACUGCUAUCUAUGGUCCAAUUCAAAUCUAGCUCAACAGAAUCACUGCAGCCACGUUUACUGCAAUCAUAACGUAUGAGAUGCGAACAUUACUGUUUUUUUCAAAUGUCUGUGACUCUUAAACCGACCAGCAAUGCUGAUAACCAUUUAAAAAGUCUCAAAGAGAUAGUUCACUCAAAAAUUAAAAUUCUUUCAUGUUUUUUACUCACACUCAUGCCAUCCCAGAUAUGUAUGACUUUCUUUCUUCUGCAGAACACAAAUGAAGAUUUUUAGAAGAAUAUCUCAGCUAUAUAGGUCCAUACAAUGCAAGUGAAUGGUGACCAAAACUCAGGAGGUCAAAAAGCACAUAAUGGCUGCGUAAAAGUAAUCCAUACAAAUCAGGUGUGAGGGUGAGAAACAGAUCAGUAUUUUAGUCCUUUUUUGCUGUAAAUCUACACUUUCACUAUCACAUUAAGCUACCUACUGGUUGGGGCUGGUCAAAGGUGGAGAUUUAUAGUAAAAAAGGACUUGAAUAUUGAUUUGUUACUCACCCAUCCUUAUCAUAUUGCUUCAGAAGACAUGGAUUUAACCACUGGAGUCAUAUUGAUUACUUUUAUGCUGCCUUUAUGUCCUUUUGGACCUUGUGAUUGUGGUCACCAUUCACUUGCAUAGUGAGGACCAACAGAGCUGAGAUGUUCUUCUAAAAAUCUUCGUUUGUGUUCAGCAGAAGAAAGAAAGUCAUUCACAUCUGGAUGGCAUGAGGGUGAGAUGAGAUAAUUUUCAUUUUUAGCUGAACUAUCCCUUUAAUUGUGUGAAAAAGAGAGAAAAAUUAGCAAAGUAUGAAAUGAAUAAAGCCUGUGUGUGUGCGCUCAGUAGCUAAAAGUGACUCUGGUCUCUCUUUGUGAGAGAUUUCUGUCUAGCUGACAGAACUUGUGGUGCUAACUGGACCUACACUGGUGAGUUUCAUUCUGUUUUCAUUUGGUGCUAUUAUUGUUUUAAACACGGAUUUAUACUUACGAUGAUGGUCCGUACAGGAACAAUGUAUUUGCGUUCAUGUAGCACUAGUCGUCAAGGUGCAUGAUGUCGUAGCUCGCGUAUACUGUAUUUCUCAUAUGUUCGGUGAAGGCCUAAAGGUGCAGUCACACUAGGAUUCGAGCACGCUAAAUUACUUCGGAAUCUGCAACAAAGGAUAUGAUGUCACGCUCUAUGGCUUCUGUUUUUAACUAGAAAUAAAUAAAAAAUAAUAAUAAUAUUUCAUUAAAAAAAAAGAAAUCUACCAUCUUGCAAAUUGACAAACCACAUUAAAAAAAUAUUUCAGCCUAUAUUUAAGAUUUAUGCAUUUCAAUUUAAUAACAAAAUUCCAUCAAAUUAAACUGUCAUUUUUAACCAAAUUAAAUGAAUAAAACUUUAUUAUUUUGUUAAAGAUUACUCAAUUCAAUUUGAUGAAAUUUUGUAAUGAAAUUUAGGUGCUAACUCCUAAAAUUCAUUUUUUGAGUGCAUGCAGUUUCAAAAAUUUUAUUUUCUGAUUUGAGUUUCUGAUCUGUGACAUCAGGAUCUGAGGAUAUGAGAUCUUCUAUUGGUCAAACAAAUUUGUUGAUUCGCAAUUUGCAGAGUUCACUCAAACAUAAUUUUGAAAUGCAGCAAAACGUGCGUAUGAAUGAAAGUUAAUGCCGUGGAAAGUCUAGUGUGACUGCACCUUGAAGGUGCAUUCACACUAAUGACAAUUACAUUGCUGAAGGUCACUGUAAUGUUGCUAUGUAGUUAUUCCCAAUCAACUGCAGUAUCCAACUGUAUCAGGUGGUGGAUCACGAAAGACAAAAGGUUCAUGUGAGCUUGACUGUCUCCACUUGUACUGGUAAUCGCCACAUUAUUUUCAUAAAGUUGCACAUUUUCAUAAAGUUUGCCACAUUGCCAAUGGUCUCUGCCGCUAAAAGUCACCCAGAAUCACCAACUCUCACUGGAAAUGAAUGAUGUCCAGUUUCUUCAUCGCUGCAAAUCGUUUUUAGUGUGCAUGCACCUUUAUGCUUUCUGGUUAUAGGUCGAGCAUAAAAGUUGGUGCCGUACAUCGUCUUCAUGUUGGUGCUAGAACCUGAUUCAUGUUUACAGUUUCUGGAAGUGAAGACACUAAGGAUGUGGUUUUUCUGUUUGCUUUGCGACAUAUUUUCUGAACUAACUGUCUGGAUUCCAUGAACUCACAGCCUUAGCAAGUGUGCUAAUCAGAUUCACCCUCAUUUUCAUUUUCACUCUUUAUUUUUCCUGUUUAUCAUCUUGCCAUCAUUGAUGAUUACAUUUAAAGCAAUGUCCAAUUCUAAAUGAAGGACACACAUGGAAAGUCUGAAGAACAUGUUUAAAGUCUUUUUCAUUCUGUCUGUAUUCCUGUAUUUGUGAUGCAUCUGUUGACGAUCCAUUUAAUUGAUCAAUAAACACAUUUGAACAUAUUUCCCCUGAGCAUAUCUGUGUUCAUCUACCUGUACCAUCUUCAUUUUUUAUCUCUCUUUGGAUCACUCCUACUACCAAACAUCUCUCACUCUUGUUGUAUUUCAGAGCUGUGGCGUUCACUGAUGUGUCAUGGACAUUGUAUUCAGCUACAGCCUUUAGCAUGUGGCAAGUGUUUCUGCAGAUUGUAUUUAUUAAAAAUCUGAUGCGAAAAUACGUUACAAUUCAAAAAAUAUUUGAAACUAUUUCGCAAUUUUUUUGUAACACUGUUCUCCCAGUGGCAUGUUCUUAAAGUACCUGUACAUGUAUUUUGUUUUGUUUUCUGCCACACUCUAGAAAAAGUUAGGAUACCUGAAUAAAUUGUUCAGCAUCCAAAGUUGACCUAACACCUAAAAAAAAAAAAAAAAAAAAAAAAAAAACAUUUCAGGUUCGCACUUGGGUUUAAACUAGCUGUUUAAUUUUUUACAUUUUUUUGGCCAUGAUUUUUUGCCAAAAAUCAAUAAUUGGUGUGAGUAGGUCCCUCAAGAAUUUGUCAGGUCUGUGUUAUCUCUUGCUAUUUCCAGGGUAUUUUAAUGAAAACAAGUUCUGUUUCAUAAUCUAGGUGAUUACAGAUUGAAGUUGUAAAUGUGUUGUAAAUAUGUAAUUACCCAAUUCAAUUUAAUUAAAGCGCUAAGUGUUCUUUUAAAUGACAUUAUACAGUAUAUACGAUCAUUUGAAAGCAUUUAAAUUAUAAUGUCUUUAUGAGUGUCUCCAGGUCCAGAUGUGCAUCGAUGCAGCCCAGCUACAAGCCACAACUACAGUGAGAGCUCAUUAUCCUCAUUAAGAGGACUGUGCUGAAGUGAUUCGAGCUGCAGGAAGAAAUUAGCUCCAUUUCUCAGAAUAUUGACUUGCUAGUGGGGUUCAUUCUCUUCUCUCUCCUCCAUGCCUUACUGAUUUUUCUUAAAAUAUCACCAGAGUUGCUAAGACAGAAACAGAAAUCGCAUACAGACACUGUCAACAGACAGCAUUAUACAGCAUAAUACAUACAAGCAUUUCAGAUUCCACCUAGUGACACUGGCUCCACCCACAAACUGCACUCACUGACACCACCUAAUUACAUCCUAAAUAUCUCUUGAGAUUCAUCCAAUUCAUUAGAAAAGAAAACCUAUUUAAAUCCGUAACUGAUUAGUCCACUCAGGGACUUGCGCAAUAUUGCAUGUGGCUCUGUUAAUGGUUUCAACCUUUGUUGUUGCUUUAAUGACCAGCAUUUAACCGGAGGCCUACAGGCUGGAAACAUGUUAUCUGGGAACUAAUCAAUACACAGCAUGGUUCACUUGACUGUGACACAUUAAUCAGCUGCACAGAUCCAAUCAAAACUAUAAUGGAAUUUUUCAUUCUGCAUUUAGUACCUGCGAGGUCAGCUGUAUUAAUUGAGAACAGAGCUGGUGUAUCUGGAAUUUUUCCUCUGUUUUACACAUCCUGUAGCAUGCUGCCUGCUCACACGAGUGAUCAUUUCUACCUAAUUUAACAUGCCACAGUGAUCGAAGCAGUUGAAACCUUUAACAUACUCUGAACACAGUGAGAAAUAAGGGGGGAUGGGAGAGAGAUAAAGAUGAAUUCAUAAACAAAGGAAGGAAUGAAGGGCAGAGUGAAAUAAAAUAAAGUAACAAUAGGGUUGCAGGAACGAAGAGGUGAAUGACUUUAAAACUUUCUGAUCAUACACAUUUUUUUGUUUGUUUUUAAGGAUAGUUCAAAAUAAAAAUAAAAAAAUCUGUCCUUAUUUAGUCACUCUCAUGUCAUUCUAAACCUGUAUGACUUCCUUUCUUCCGUGGAACACAAAAUGUGAAGCGAUACAAUAAAAUUGUGU